AAGUGCUUGCAUACACAACACAGUAUGUGUGAAAACCUGUUUACAAUGUAAUUUAUUAAUAUAUUAGAAAUGUGCAAUCCGUCCAUGCUGGUAACGAAUACGAGGAGCAAUGUUGUCCCUGCACAGUGAGAUUCGCUUCUGGAGCCUACAGGAUGACAUCAACAUAAGACCUUCAGAUUAUGGCGCCUUCAAGUACAAUAUAAGGAAAGACCCUUCUGUUUUGAUUUACCAGAAUGUGAAGCACACUUAUGCUGAGCAGAGGGGCUUGAAGUAUGUCAUCAUCAAUAAGAGGCCCCAUAAGCUGAGAGAUAAAAUUAAGGAUCUUGAGGAGGCUUUAGUGCAAAAUAAGAUUAUAUUUCAGACAUGGCAAGAAGAUACAUUGAAGCUGCUUCUAUCAAGGGGAUUGAUAGUUACAAUUAAGACACAUUCCACUGACAUAGCUUCAAUUACUUUUGAUAGGAAUCUGUUGAACAGGAUUCAGAAUGAGAUUAUUUCUGAUGGGAUAAUAGUGGGUAAUCAAGUGGUAUGCAUUUGCAAGGAUGGGAAGGUUUAUGGUCAAGGUGGAUUAUGGAAAGAAUGGGUGCUGGAGAGUGGAUCCAGACGGAAUUUGAGCAUGCAUGGCGAGUUUUUGGCAGUUUGGGGCAAGAUUGGUACUGAGCAUCCUCAGCCCUGGAGUCCAAUGGCAAAAGACCAUCAGAGAGCAAAUCUGCAUUUGUAUUGGAUUGGCGCCAGAGGUCCAGAUCUCGUAGCGUAUAGAAAAACCGAUGGGGAACCAAUCAAAAUUAUUGUGAGCAAAGUUUGCAAUAAGAAUAUAAUCGUAGUCGAGCAGAAGGUUUCGCAAAGAGGUGCCGUUUCUAUUGAAGUGUGCACCUUUGAAUUGAUUGGGACAAGUCUGAAGAGGAUCUGCGUUACUUCUGUUCCUUUGCAGACGCAAGUUAGUUGCGUUAGUUUGAGUGGAAAGGAGAAUUAUUUAAUUUUGGGUUGCAUCGAUGGGUCUUUGGCGUUGUUGGAUCGGAAUCGAGGGUCGAGCAGGAUCAUCAAAGCCGCGUUCAUACCGACAAACGUAGCUUGGCACAAGUCCGAGGCUUUAGCCACCAUAGCCAACGAGAGAGGACAACUUCAAUACUAUGAUACCGCCUUGAACUGCAUCCCAACACAGACAAUAAGUGAAGAUCCAUGCGCAUCGAACGUGUUUGAUAUCUCCAGCUACUUUACUACUCAGAACAGUGUGGAGAUGCUAUUUUGGGGAUCUAGGAAUAUGCUGGUGGCGUUAGAGCAAGGACCUCUUAUUGUUGUAAGUCAUAACAAGAUGAAUUUCUUGAACCUCAUACAGAUCUAUUUGAACGAGAACAAUAUCGAUAAAGCAAUACGUUUGCUGCUGAGCAAAAAUUUCAACGAGGAGGCUUUUGGAGCUUUGCAGAGAAUUGUCGCGCAUCUGUUGAGGAAGCCUUUGAAUGAAACCACGGCAAAGCAGCUGCAGGACGCUUUGGGCAGUUACCAUUGUCCUCCGGUACCAUUAAAUGCCGAUGCAAGACAUCACUUUGGACCACAAGUGAAAUCAAUGACGAGGCGAUUCUUCCAUCAAUUGGUUAGAUCGAAAAUGUUCGAGACAGCUUUCUUAUUGGCCGUCGAUUUGGGAUAUCAUGACUUGUUCAUGGACCUUCACUAUAUAGCCGUUAGAACAGGAGAAACGGAGAUGGCAGCCGCCGCAAGAGCACAAGCUUCCGCACUUUUGAGUCACUGCUCGAGUGAAGAUUCAAAUUGCUCAAGAUCUUCAUGCUCGCAGUGUUCGGACUCAUGUAGCGAGACCAGCGAAGAGUCUGAGAAUAAUGAUGAGAACAGACACAUGUCUCAGGAGAAUUAUCUGAGCACGAAUUUUAACAAUCCCAUACCGAAGACUUACCGUCCGGCCAGCUAUGUGCCGCCAAUACCGAACGUAGAUUUACCUAAAAUAAGGUUGAUGAACAAACAAAGUAUGCCUCCUCCCCCGACGAUACAAGUUCCGCCACUUCCAUUGACGCCUGCCCUGUUACCGUACGGCGAGCACUCCACCUUGGGCAUUCCGUACACGCCUCGACUAAUCAAUCCCUAUAUCCAACAUAAAUUCACGCCCAUCAAACCACCGAUGGUGCCACCGCCGCCGAUAAAGCCAGCAAUGGUGCCACCGCCGCCCAUAAAGCCACCAAUGGUACCUCCACCGCUUAUGAAACAAUCGAUGGUGCCCCCACCGACUAUAAAACCGCCCAUGGCUCCGCCUCCACUUCGACCGCCUCCUCCGCUACCCGUGACUCCUCCCAUCAAUGUAUCGACGACUGCUCAGAAUCCAAAGAAGCCACAAGCUAAGGUGAAAUUCUCGGAUACCGUCACUGCCUUCAUUGUACCGGAAGUAAAGAGGCCGGUGCGGGUGCCGCCUCCAGCACACGUCAUGAAUCCACAGAAAGAACUGGCCGAUAGUCUCCCACUCUGCCAUCCCAACGAGGAUUAUCUCAAAGACUUUACCCCAAUACAACGGGAGAGCAGCGAAAGCCCCCCCAUGCAACAGCCCAAAAUCAAGGUGGUCCACUUCGGCGUGGUUUGACGGAUUUCAACUGUAAACUUGCAAUACUCCAUUUUUUAACAUGAGACAGAUUUAUUUACACAGAUUUAAUUUUUUUAAUUA